AAAAUCCUUGAUUUUUCUCAUGGAUAAUCAGUUUAUGGUGGACUAAAAUCACUACUAACAUUCUCUCUAACAUUCCACGUUCACUUAUCGCUAUGUUGAGGCUGUAAAAAGGAUUGAAAUUGGAAUAGCACCUCGUUUUCCGGCUGUGACAGUAGCAGUGCAGAGAUUUCACCGGACGGCAUCCGACUUUUGUUUCCAGCAAGUGCUAUCGCUGACAUGGGCUGGGCUUGAGAUUUUUUUAUGCCAACUUCCAAUUUUCAUCUGUUCGGUUUUGGGAAAACGAGGUGUUAUUUGUGUCCGGGCGCAUUCAUUGACUUGACGCCAUGGUAGAAAAUUAAAUGAAAAACUAGUGAAUGGUGUGAAACCCAACUCUGGGUCCAGUUCCUGGAAAUAAGAAAAAAACGGCAGUUCGUGUUAAUUGAAUGUUGGAUCACUCUUACUUAGAGACGGGAGCUGCUGGAGGUUGGUGGGAGGGCGAAUUUUUUCCAACCAACUUUUUGUAACCGUUCUCUAGGAAAUUUUCGCAGCCUGGCAACGAAUCCUGCAAAGUGUGGAGGAAGUUUUCGUGAUGGAAGUAAAUGGUUGUGCCAAGUGGUGAAAAGUGAAAUCCUGCUGCAGCUUUUUUACUGGGAGUAGUGUGGUGGAAAGUGGUCGCAGAAAAAGUAGAGCGCGAAAAUUGACCGGUUGAGUAAGCACACAAGUUCUGAAACAAAGUCCUAGAAAGAAUAGAGCUUUCUUUGAUUUUUUUCUCUUAGUCAACGACGACGUGGGCUUAGCUUUCUGGGCUUCCAGUGAAGUGUUGGGGGAAAUCAAAAAUAUUGCUUCCGUGAGGUUGCUCUUGUGGGUUGCGAAAAGAUACGGAUUAUCAGAUGGUCGCCAUGGAAUUGAGGAGUAGGACGAGAAUGACGACGACAACGGAAGUGCUGCUGUGGAUUGGAAUGUCCGCGGUCCUGUUGCAGAGCAGCGCUGAUUGUGUACCCAUGAAGUAUGAAAUCGGCUUCCGGAACAGUAUCGAUUUGGAUGCGGAACAGACGGAAGCUCGCUACGACCAGGGUCUGCUGUCGGACAUCAUGAACGAUGAGGACCAGGGUGAGGUGCAGAAGGCCGAAAGUUGUACCGUGGACAACUACCGGUACGACCAUGGACAGAAGGUUCAGCGCAGUGAUCCGUGCGAAAUCUGUCUUUGCAUUGACGGAGAGAUAUUUUGCUGGUGGAAACAAUGUGAUUCGGUUCCCGCGAGACCCGAACUAAGCGCAUCCAGGCUGCUGUCGCCGGAUGUCACCAUAUCAGGAGGCAUCAGUGCAAGCCACCAUCCACCCUCAACGACAUCACUUUUCCAACCGAUCCAACCACAACUGUCUCUGGCAGCUGGAAACAGUCAAUCUCCUUGGUUCCGAACCACGGCUGCUUUGACAUCAUCCGGACCAGUUCUGGUUCCUUCUACAUCCUCGCCAUCGACCAGGACAACUUCCGAUGAGUCUGGUCCAUCAUUGGCGAUGGUGGUUUCCUCUUCAUCGACACCUGCUGCUGCUGCUGUUGCCGCCUUUCAGGAGCAACCGGAUGCGGGACAAGUGCGGGUGUUACACUCCCCAAAUCAACCGACUCGGUCCCAGAAUCCGGUCGAAAACAUCCCCCAAAAUAUACUAACAUUCCCCCAGUCGCCACCCAUCAUGAUGUAUAGACCGGUGUCAGCUUUAGCUCCAGCAGUUAAAAAUGGCACAAUUUUUGGGGAAGAUUCGACAGCAGCCGGUCGUAAACGUGGUUCCGGGAAAAAAGCCAAAUUCCAGGACCCAGGAACAGCUAAAAAACCCUACCGGAAGCCGAACAGCGGCAGCAAAGGUUUCGUGUUGAAUUACGACCGGUUCGGUGGGGUUAGCGGAUUUUCCGGUUCUCGCAGCAGCAACAUGGGAGGAGGCCAAAGGUCAACGGAGCGGUCGUUGUUUGCUGCGGUCACCGAACGGUCUGGCGGCGUAACUAACAAAAUGGAUUCAAUGGAGGAAGGUGAAGAUGAAUCCGACGAAGGAGAAAGUGACGAAGAGGAUAUCGUAGAAGAACAGCACAAGCAGCAGAAAGGGGAUGUGAUUGAUGAAGUGGCUGCUAAAUUGCCAGAUAAAGUCGUUGGCACCGAUUCCGAAUUCGGUGGCUUCGGUUUUGGCAUGAUCAAGGAAGUGGAAGAGGACAAACAGCAGCACUACAUCAUCACCUCGUCCGGCCACGUGGAAAUGUUUGACGACGGGAGCAUGGAAACGACCGAGAACGCCUUCGGGAUAAAUCAAUUCUCCCAGAGGCAGCAACAGCCAUUGCAGCAUGAAGUGCCAAUUUCCUUUGCUAGCACCACACUAAAUCCUUUGGCGGCGGACGAUGGCAAAGCACUUCCGGCGAAGGGCGGCCAACCGAUUCCGCCCAUGAUAACGCUGACAACCAACGUGACACAGAAUUCUAAUUAUUCGUACCGGACUGGAGGGACCGAUUCUGGUUCUGAUUCUGGGUUGGCCCUUUCCUCGGGGUCUGUCAUCGAUGUCCUGAACUCGACGGCCAUGUCAGCCAUGACAGUGGACUCUGGCAGUGGCGGCGACUAUCUGGAUGACAACCAAACGGAACUGAUCUAUCCGGCGGUUCCGGGAUUGAGUGACCAUCUAGGCAGCAAUAGUCGAAGCAGUGACCCUAGUAGCAGUAGUAGGAGGGGAACCGGAAGUGACCGGCAAGUGAUGCACCCGUCAUCAGCAUCCAGAACGACAGUGGCCGGCAACAGUAACAGUGAAGAUAGCGGAGGCACGAGUUUACCGGAACAACAUUGUGUUGUUAUGGGAGUCUCGUACGCUGUCGGUGCCGUUCUGAAGCAGGAAACGGGCAACUGUCUGCACUGCGUUUGUGUGGCCGGUCCGGAAAAUGACCCGCAGCCCAGAGUCACCUGCACCCCGCUCAACUGUCCGCCGUUGAUUUUGCCCGACAUCCUGGACGGUGCCGGGUUCUAAAAUCCGGUCGGUCGAUGAACUACUGCCGGUGAAAGAAAGCGAAGACGACGACGACGAGGACGACGAAGCAGCAGUGUGCCAUAAGUUGUAGAAAUGGAAGAUAGAAGUUGUUUUGCUUUGUUUGGUUUUUGAGUUUCGUCUCUCCCUUCGGUGCAUCGAAACGGAUUUAAAGCGCUUCGUUUUUCCAUCAGCAAAGGAUUUCCAAUGUUGUCCCAGCAGAGUUUUUGAG